AUGAACCUAGACGGGUUCGAGUUCUGUACAGGUGUGGAGCCGUCUGCUGCCUCAGAUGGAAGUACAGACAUCAAAAACAAGAAAGAAGAAACUGCAUCGGUGCAGAAGCUUCCGGGCGGCCUCAAGCUUUGUUGUGUUCUGGCGAUGGCAAUCCUCCUCUUGGCUUUCCUUCCGAUGGCUGAGCUGGAUCCCAGAUUCCCAGAUGCUUCCAAGGGCCUAGCAGUCCUCAUGGUCACGGCAUUGUUCUGGAUCUCAGAAGUGAUGCCACUUUCGAUCAGCAGCCUGCUUCCGAUGGGCCUCUACCCUCUCUUUGGGGUUGUGAAGGCAAGUGCCUUGGCUCGAAAGUUCUUUUCUGGCACAUCUUUCCUCUUCAUUGCAGGCUUCUUGCUUGGCCUCGCUAUUGAGCGAUGGAACUUGCACACACGCUUCGUUCGCAUCGUGCUGUCACAGAUUGGAAACCGUAUACAGUUCUAUCUUGCUGCGUUUAUGCUGACUACAUGGCUUCUCAGCAUGUGGAUCUCCAACACAGCCACAAUGCUGUGCAUCAUGCCUGUGAUGAAAGCUUUCCUUUCUUCGCUGGAGGGAGGACAUCCAUCUUUCCAUAGCACCAUGCUUCUAGCUGUAGGCUAUUCCGCAACUGUUGGCGGGCUGUCAACUCCUGUGGGCACGCCCACCAACGGCAUUUUCAUGGCUAUGUUCCAAGAAUUCUGGCCAGAUGAGGAGGAGUUUUCUUUUGCAAGAUUUUGCUUGGUAGCCCUGCCCUUGUCAGUCUUGCUUCUGCUAUGUGUAUAUGUUUUAACUUGCACUGUCUAUGCAUGCAGUGGUGCACGUAUUGUCGUGAACCGCGAAGCCUUCCUUGGCACGCAGCAGCUGGGCAAAAUCACUUUCGAGGAGAUGGUGGUUAGCUUCAACAUGAUGUGUCUGGUGAUCCUCUGGUUCACAGCAUCUAGAAUCGACAGGUUUCCUGGGUGGAAAAAAUGGGUGUCGACAGAUCUCGACAGCGGGUCCAUCGGCCUUUUGCUGACACUUCCGUUCUUUCUGAUACCUUGUGGUCGUUGGUUGCCUUCUGCCUUGAGACAUGCCCUUGGUGAAGAUCGCUGCCAAUCGGUUUGCAAGGGCCCCAGUCCCAACUACAUUUUGGACUGGGAGAGCGUAAAGAGGGAUUUCAGUUGGGAAAUCCUUUUCGUCUUCGGUGGCGGUGCACUCGUGGCCCAUGGUACUGUGGAAAGUGGCUUGGCACAGGUCAUUGCCGAGGCUCUUGAGAACAUGGGUCUCAAUAUUUUUGUAUUCAACCUUGUUGUGGUGACAGUGAUCUGCUUUGUGACAGAAGUGGUUUCGAACAUGUCCACGUUGAACAUUUUCGGUCCAAUCAUGGCCACUGCUGCCCAGCAUAUGGGCAGCAGUCCUGUUCAGCUUUUGUUGGGUGUGUCCUUUGCCUCAUCAUUUGCUUUCAUGUUACCCAUGGCAGGAGGCCCAAACAUGGUUGUGUAUUCCACCGGGCGUGUAUCUGUCAGGCAGAUGGCAAGAUUUGGAUUUUGCCUGAACCUUGUUGCUAUUGUUGUGGGAACCUUGUAUAUCACAUUUGCAAUGCCAGUGCUGCUUGGAGAUCGGUAUGAAGACCUCCCCAUGCCAGCAGUGUAG